AUGGCGGAACCUAUCAAAGUAGACUACCUCGUCGUCGGCGCAGGCGGAAUGGGAAUGGCCUUCGUUGAUACCUUGCUCUCGGACACCAAAGCUACUGUGGCCCUCGUCGAUCGCUAUAGCCGCCCCGGAGGUCACUGGACCACGGCCUACCCUUUUGUGAGGCUACACCAGCCCUCCGCCUUCUAUGGAGUCAACUCAAAGAAGUUGGGCAGUGGAUUCAUCGACCAAGUCGGCUGGAACAAAGGCCUACAUGAACUGGCUACCAGCGAUGAGGUCUUGGCAUACUACGAUCAGGUUUUGAACCAACGCUUCCUACCGUCUGGACGAGUCCAGUACUUCCCCAACUGCAAUUAUCAAAGCGGCGGCAAAUUCGUCUCCAUGAUAUCGGGCAAGAGUUUCCACUUAACUAGCGAUUUCACCCGGAUUGUGGACUCCACGUACAUGCGCGUGAAGGUGCCAUCUAUGGGUCCUCCAUCGUACCAGGUGGCUUCCGACGUCUCUUUUGUGACGCCAAACUCACUAUCGAGGAUUUCGCAGCCCUUCGCCAACUUUACCAUCGUCGGCGCCGGCAAGACGGGCAUCGACACUUGCCUAUGGUUACUUUCGCGAGGAGUCGACGCCUCGAAGUUAACAUGGAUCAUGCCACGAGACUCGUGGCUUUUUGACCGCAGCGAGAGUCAGCCAGGCGCCGACUUUGCCACGAGGACCCUCAGUUGUUUUCCCGCGCAGAUGGAGGCCAUCAUGAUGGCCGCAUCUGUGAGCGAUCUGUUGAAACGGCUGGAAGAAAAGGGACAUCUCAUGCGCAUCAGCGACGACGUCUGGCCAACCAUGUUCCGUUGUGCCUCCGUGUCUGUGGCCGAGCUCGAGCAGCUCAAGAAGAUCACGAACAUUGUCCGCCAGGGCCGAGUCGUCAGCAUCGGUAACGAGGUGAAGUUCGACAAUGGGUUCAGCUACCAGCCGCAGCUAAACACCCUCUUUGUCGACUGUACGGCGGACGGACUGGAGAAGCGUGAAGCAGUCCCUGUUUUCAACGGAAAUUUGAUCACUUUGCAGCCUGUCCGUAAAUGCCAACAGGUCUUCAGCGCAGCCUUCAUCGCCCAUGUCGAGACAGCUUACAGCGAUGAUGAAACUAAGAACAAGCUCUGCCGCCCCAUCCCGCAUCCGGAUCAGGAUUUUGACUGGCUUCUUACCACAUACCUCGAUUUUCAGAACUCCCUGCUCUGGACUGCCCAGCCCAAAACCACAAAGUGGCUUUCCCAGGCUCGUCUGGACUGGAUCGGCGCCUUACUAGCAUUUCCCCGUACCGACGACGACCGUGACUCCGAAUCGUCGAUGAAACAGCAGGUCCCGAGCUGGGAUAUGGCUCCGCAGAUCCAUGCGGCGUGCGAGAAGCUCAAGGCUUUGCUUGCCCAGCUUCCGUCGAAGGACGCGGAACGAGUCAAGGAGCAGAUCAAUGGCGUUUAA